GUCAACACAUUACAUUUUGCACAUCAGAUUACUGAUUAAUAUUUUAUGAUUAAGCCUGGUCGCAGGUUUUAGUUAUAAUUACUGAAGCUGUGCAUUGAGUCUUGAUUGUAUGUAUGUAUAUAUAUAACUGUUUAAUAUUUAUAUUGUUGUAAUUAUCAAUAUUCAUAGUACUGAAUUAUUUCAUGUCAAAAUGUAGAUGCCUCGAGGAAAGUCCCAUCGUCGAUCGGAAGCUGCAAAAAGGAGAGUAGAGGCAGUCCGGCUCGAACGAGUUGGGAUACCCAAGGCCUCCAGCGACUUUGAACCACAGCGUGGCACAGGCGUGCGGCACGCUGUGCGAAAAUGGCCAGUUAGUGAAGUGACUAAUCACUGUCACAAGCUGGUCGUUCCAGAGGGAUUGCCCAAUAAGAAAUUUGUUCUUCUGAUUGGUGCGUCCCACUUGCGCUCUUUUGUGGACGGCAUUGUUGAGAUGGCAGGCGGCUGCUUGCAGUUUGGAUUUAUUUCAACUCCUGGUGCUCACGCAGCCGACCUGCGUCUCGAGGUGUUGAAUGCCGUCGUACCUCGAGAGCCUGACGCUGUCUGCGUCAUGGCUCCAUCAAACAACCUUACGGCCAGUCGUCACCCAGAAGAAGCCGGACAGGAAUUUGAGCGGUACCUAUUGGCUGUCUGUUCUCGUUGGCCUAAGGUUUUUUGUACCGGCUUCGUCCCCCGCCUGACUGAGUCCAGAGAGAAGCAGGAGUGGUUCCAGCAGGAAUUCCACCGCAGGUCGGCAAAGCUAGGGAUUCGGUACUAUCCAAUCGCUGACAACUUUCCUCUGGGCCGUCGCCAUCUGUGGUGUCCUGAUGGCAUCCACUUGAGCGAUGACCACGGGAUGCAUAUCCUCAAAGAACUGAUUUGGAUGUUUUCCUAUCAGUUCCUGGAGUUGUCAGCACCAAAGCCACUGGUGCAAAGUCCGGCAACUCCUCCUUACAAACCGAGGUUUGCACCCCGUGUGGUAGUUAAGGGACAGGAACGUUCUCGUCCUUCUUCUCCUCUCCCUACCGAAUGGACGCUCGUGAGAUCCGGCAGGAAGAGGAACCUCUCGGGAGAAUCCGACUGUUUGUCUGAUUCACCCAAGAAAAGAGUGGUUCAUCACCAGCGGGACGACACUCCUGUGGCUUUAUCGGAGUGUGCCAUCCCGUCCAAUCCUGUCCGUUUCUCACCCGCUAUCUUGGUGGCCAUGGAAACAGUCUCUCCAUCGGCCGUUCCAGAUGUUCGCACAGGCACCGAGACAAAGCCUGUGGAACAUCAAAAAAAACCAGCUGUCUCAAAGUCUAGGCGCACGAGACAGAAAGUUUCUCCUGUAUCUUGUGUAACUCCUGCUACUAACACUGUUGUGCUUAAGCUGCCCAGGUUGCUGGUGUCUGAUGCUCGUCCUGCUUGUCCUCCUGUGGCGUCUGACUCUCCUGCUUCGGGACCUGCCUGUCGCUUGGAGGUUCCUUCUGGCCAGGGGACGACUGAGGACGUGGCCGACUUCCAGCGCACGCAAACAUCACCCAAAGGUGUUGCUGAUCCGUUGAUUUGGAGCACAGAGUAUUUGAACCUGGCUAUCUCCACCUUCUGGGUCGCCUUCGGCAUCCACUCUGCCUUCUUGAUGCUUGUGGGGCUCGUAGACAUCUUCAGUGAAAAAGGCUUCUGUCCCUCUCAGCUAGAGUACCAGGCUCUGCAGCACCUCGGAGAUGAGGAGUGUGACAACAAAGAGGUGGAGGACAAGGAGGUUUUAACGUGGCACUGUCAGCGCCUCACUGUGCCCCGACAUAAUCAACAUUAA